AUGAAUCAAGAAAUCUACGAAGAACUGCUCUUCGCAAGAACUUUGAUAACCGACACUAAAGAUUUUGAAUCUAGGUUUGAGGAUAUUUUGACUAUGGUAAUACCACCGUUGAUAAUUAAUCCAUAUGGUGACAUAGAAGAAACGAAUGUCAUAAUACAAGAGGAACUGACUGAACUAAGUACAAACGAAGAACUUAAGGUUCAGUUUAAAAACGGAUAUCAGCAAUUCUGGCUGCAAAACAACAUACCCAUGAUAGUAUGCCAAGGUCGCUCUACAAUAUUCAGAUGGGAAAAUGAUCUGAACGUAAGUCUGACAGCUGGAUAUUUAAGAGAUAUGUAUAAGAAAUAUAGUUGA